AUGUCAGAGAGCCAGGAAUUCUUAGAGGCAGACUUGAUUAGCAGUCACUUUAGCAAUGAGAAUGAUGUCAACCUACAUAACUUGUCUCUUGAUGUCUGUGCGGAGUUCGAAAAGAUUGUUGAAGAGUUUGGUAAAGACUCAUUUCUUACACUUGGAUCACUUGUGGCAAGGGCCAUGGACACCCUACAUGACGUUUAUAAGCAAAGGGAUAGAAUUAUUGGCGAAUUGGAUAGACUUAAGCAUGACCACGCCCUCCUUAUUACAAAAUAUGAAACUGAAAGAACUGAAUCGAAAAUCCUGGGAGAGCGCGUCUUUGAUCUUGAGGAUGCACUUCAGGACAAACAUAAAGUGAUCGAAGAGCUGAAGUCCUCGUCUGCGUCGACCAAAAAGCUCCUUGAAAUGAAACUAAAGAAUGCAAGCGAUCAUAUUUCACGACUCGAGGAAAGGGAUAGGGAGCUGCAGACGACCUACGCAAAUCUGCGACAACGCUACGGCGAGCUGUUUCGAGCUCACGUCGAAUUGACAGAGCGUCUUCGUACCUCCGCGGCAGAUGGUGACAAUAUUCCAACUUCCUCAUCGACUAAGUUCAAGGUGCAUUCCUCUGAACCUGAGGCAUGUUCGUCCACCACCACUGCAGUCGGCGCCGUUAAUCCGCUUAUGUUUAUAUCUCACAAGGGUGAUUCGCCCUAUGAUUGGGGCAUUCAACAUCAAACGCACCAUGACUCUGAAGAUAUCAUUCCCGAAAUUGCUCUGGAUGCUGACGGUUCGCCAUUUUCAAAACUCUCAGCAGACGAGAACUAUGAUGACAACUCUAAUUCGGAGGAGGCUGACACUUCUCUACCGUCACUUCUAAAGGACAACAACACCAAAGAAUUUAAUGCCAGUAAGGAGGUGAGCAAAUUGGUGAACGAUUUCAAUGAACUAGAGAAGACUAAUAACGCCCUCAAAAUUGUUAUCAACGAUCUCCUGACAAACACGGAGGAAUUAAACAGCGAGAAAAUAGAAUUGAAGGAGACACUGAGCCAGAUGCAAAUAGCUCGUUCCAGCAUGCUUUUACACAUCAAGCAGCUGGAAGAGGACAAUACUCGAUUGAAAAGGGAACUUGCUGAAGCCCAGGAUGCGCAAAAGCAGUUGGUGUUGAACGAGACUCCUUUCUCCAAGCGGACGCGUUUCACUCGCGAAGAAAUGGCCAAAGUACUGAUGGAGCGCAUUCAACUGCAGGAGGAUGUCUGCAAUCUGCGCGAAAAACUCUCCAUUGUCAGCGCAGGGCGCUACCGUGAUGGCAGUGACGGAACGCAGGUGCUUACGGCUGGCAGCAACCGAUUCAUGAUCUUUUUUUCGCGUCUCUUCCAACGCCACGGUCGAAGAUCCGCACCGACGGUGUCCUUUGAUACCUCAACGUCGGGCAUUUCGAUGGACUUCGGCGAGGGGCGCUUGUUCGAUGCUGAAGUCGCAGGGUUGACAUCAAGCAGAAAUAAUAACGCUGUCAAGGCAGCCUGCAGCAGCGAGUCUUGGUGGCUCCCCCUACCAAUCACUCCGAAGCCCUGUGCGCCGGAGCCCGUAGUAAUGCAGAGCGCCUCUGUUCGACGAGCCUCGGAGGCUGCCAAAUCCAACCAUUCGUCUCCUUCUCUGCGUCCUCCUCCCCUCCCACCUCUACCUCAGCUUCUCUACCGACGACCCUUUUCAGAGGCGCUGUCUGGUCAAAUGCGGUUGACUUGCGUCACGUGUCUCUUCUCGGACAUCGGGGCCUUGCUUCCCUCGGGCGAACUGCUGGCUGGGCGAAGCCUCUUCUUCACCCCCACGGCAACUGUCCCUACUCAAAGCUCUAUUGGUGAGAACCUUUCCAGUCAGCUCUGGACGUGUCUCGUGGGUGUGUCCGACACCGCCACCCUCACCACCACUAACAGCAGUGCUGAGGUGGUCGCCUCGAGCGCUGUAGACUCCAAACCGUCAUUAUGCAGUCAGGUGGUGGUGGUGGAUGCCAAUGCACCCUCUCGCUACGUGGACUCCUUUUUUCUAAGACGCUCUAUUGUCACUUGUAUGGCCGCGGUACCAGGAGCUAAGAAACUCGACUAUGAGGUGCUGCGUCUUUUGAACUCCAUCUGGGAGUCUAUCCCGCUUGCAGAAGGCAGCACCUCUGCAUCUUCCUCCUACAUCCCUCAUCCCUCCGCCUCGGGGCUGGAGGAGACUACGAUGGCAGAGGUGGAAGUGAGUAUAGGGAACGAAGAUGAGGACUGUACAGCUAGCAUCCAGACAAGCAACACACUUUCCUCUCUGCAUCACUUUGUCGCAAGUGCGGGCAAGGCGCGCACCUCCGCAUUUGAACCCGACAUUCAUUUGGAGGGUAAGCCUGGAGACUUCUACCGAGUGGAGAGACAGCGCUUCAAGAAGAUAUCUACCAGUUCUGCUGCUAUUUCCGACACUUGCUCCGAGGUAAUCUGGGAAGCGGCGAGCGCCCAGCAGACUGUCUGGCUGGGCUGCCAGAAUGGUGACGUCUUCGUGCACAGUUGCGACUCUACACAGCGCAGACCCCUUCUAUCCACUCGUCUUCCCAGUGGUGUCGUUGCUAUUUGCCACUUUUCUGGCCGAGUCUUCAUCAGCCUUGUCGACGGCCACAUUGUCGUUUUCCGUCGUCAGCUUCACCGUCCUGAGACCCAACCACCCGCUCCAAGGUCAUCGACGCCCCUUGGAGAGGGCCACGUGACCACUACCCAACAGCCUUGCAACCAGCUAUCCAUCAGAGAGGAGUUGUCAACCUCCGAAGCAGCCGGAGCGUGGAGCCUUGCUGAGGCGGUGGUCAUCCGCUGUGCACCCACCGGCCAAUUCGCCAUAAAGGCUCUGGCCGUGGUGGAGUCUGCGCUCACUCUCUGGGCUGCAUACAGGAACCGGAUUAUCGUAAUAGACGCUACAACUUUCCAACGUCUCCACACAAUCGAGGUGGUCCCAAAUGCCAGUGUCGUCGUUCGCAACCUUUGCUGGACCCGUGAUGGUGUUUGGAUAUCAAUACGCAAAGACUUCAUCCUUCGUCUCUUCAACGCCUUCACCUAUGAACCGAUGCAGGAGUUGAAUCUGGCCUACAUCAUUUACGAGACUGUUGGAGCUCCAAAUUCUCAACUACAAUUGAACUCAAUGGCAGUUUCAGCGAUCGGAGUUUCACCAAACCAUCUCUGGAUCGGAACUAACGGCGGACAUGUUGUCUGUGUACCGUUUAUUCAAACACCACCCUCCUCUACCACUCUUGCCAACUCGUGCUCCUCAGAUCUCAGUCAUGGCGCCUACGUAAAAAGCGACUGUGGGGAAAAUGCCUUACCACUUUCUGCUCAAGUGGAUUUGUCCGGCACCGCGGUGAGUAGAUGCGGACACGCGGAGGCGGUGAGUUCCUUCACCCUCACUUUUGGGAACAUGUCGUCUACCCCUGUCCAUGCAACCACUUCCAGCACUCCGAUUAACGCCACAAAAGCUCCCUCUACGACUUCCAAUAGUCAGGGCCUUCUCAUGAUCAGCGGAGGUGUUGGUUAUUUGGAACAUCAUCGAGAUGUUUAUGGUGCAAAAGUCACAGAAAAGCGCAUCACUAAUCCGCCGAGUCACCUCCUUGUCUGGUCCCUUUCUCACGAGCAUUCGAUACCUUCCUAG